AUGUUGCUGCUGGUUGCACAGAGGAGCGCUGAUCGAUGCUUGUAUCUAACCCAUUUUGGGAUGGCACCGGCCAAUUAUAGAUGUCGGUUGCCAAGCUUUGUCACCAAAGUUUGGAGCCCUGCCUCGACUUUGGUGUCUAGGUAACAAACUAUUUCGCCAUACCGAGACGCGACUCCAUCUUUCUACCCCGGACUCCGCGCAUCAGCGAAAUCGCGCGACAGAUGUGAUCUCGCGUAUUACAAUCAGGAAUUUCAUCGCAUUCGAACAAUAUAUAUCGCGGAAAAGCGCAAGCACGUCACCAUGGAGAGACCUUUCUCUCUCAAGAGGAAGGCAGAUGGCGAACCCAACGCCCCUCGAAAGACCGUGAAAGGAGGGUUCGCAGCUAAGAUGAUGGCAAAGAUGGGCUACGUUGAAGGCAAAGGUCUUGGAAGAGAAGGCAACGAGGGUAUUGUCGAGCCGAUUAUGGUAAACACGUCUAGGCCUCAGGGCGCCGGUGUUGGUUCCGUUCGGGAGAAGACCGAGCAACAGCGUCGUGAAGAGAGAAGGAAGAAGCAACAGGCAAAGGCGGAUGGGUCGGCGCCCGCGUCCGGAUCAGACUCAGACUCAGAUUCGGAGAAAGAGAAAAAGCGGAAAAAGCGACCUAAUCGAAGCGACCGCGGCGCAGCCCCUCAGCAAGCUCAAGCUCGAACAGCAAAACGGAAAUACACCAUCGAUGCCCUCCAUGACGCGGGGAUUGAUGUACCGGCCCUCAGAUAUCUAGAUGCUUCCACGGGCACAGAGCAGACUAGUCUAUCAUUGCGUGGUACUUUCCAGACGGCCGAUCAACAGCAGGCGGAGAGAGCCAGGCGAGAUCUAGAACUCACCGCAGACGACUGGGCACGAGAGCGCGAGAAUGGCGCGAGGGUGGACGAUGAGGAAGAGGCGCUUCAAACUGUGUUGGACAAAUUGGAACUGGAGAUUAAGAAGGAGCAGGAUACUCUGAACGCUCUGCGCGCUCUGCACCUGUCACAGUCCGAAGCGACCUGGGAAAACCGACUGAAAGUACUGGAAACUAUAGAGUGGCAAACCGAAGAAGUUGUUAUCGCGACUAUACGGCCCCUUUUCGAGAAGCAGAUGAGAGAGUGGGAUGUCCUAGAGGAUCCGUUGACAGAGACAGUCGGCUACCUGAAAACGCUGGCUCCUAUGUUGAACGUCAAUUCUUCUCAAGGCUCCUCUGGCGAAUUGGUUGUAGCUGGUUCAAAUGGAUUAUCAAGAGCAAGGAGUUCGAAACGUACGACUUUGUGGGAAACACUCAUCUUGCAGUUCUGGCUACCGAAAGUUCGAUCUGCAAUUAUAGGAGGGUCUUUUGAUGUGCGAGAACCUUCUCCACUGCUUCUCGUCGUUGACACUUGGAAGCCUUUGUUGCCGCGCUUCGUGUUGAAAUCCAUCAUCUCCCUCGUGGAAGAGAAGCUCCGAGCGGACAUUCAUUCCUUCAAUGUGCGCAAGGCAGUGAAGCGCCAUUCGUUUCCUCUUACAUACAUUAUACCGUACCUACCGUACCUCUCAGCGGCCGAGCUGGACCCCAACGGUUCAUCCAGUCUUCUCUCCGAGUUCAGGCGCAAGGUACAAACAUUGUUUGGAUCGUGGCCUAUAUCAAUGUCGCAAGGACCGAUUCCCCAGAUUAAGUUGCUUAACGGAAUUUUGGGGCGAUCCAAGAUGGACGACUUAGUCCUCAAAUAUCUUGUACCACGCUUGGCGUCACACCUAAGGGAUUACCUGGAGAUCAACCCAGCCGAUCAACAAUUGGAGCCGUUGCAAGAGGUUUUACAACACAGUGACCUCCUUAAGUCAUCAUAUACCGCAGAGCUACUCGUGCAAGGGUUCUUUCCCCAGUUUCAUGACAUUCUAUUCACCUGGUUGUCCUCUGACUCACCUUCGUUUGAGGAGGUCGGGCAAUGGUACCAGUGGUGGAGGGAGCAGUUUCCAGCAACUCUCAAUGAACAGCCAAGCGUCGAGAAAGAAUGGACUAAGGCUCUUGAGACCAUCAACACAGCCCUUGAUAUGGGAGAUCGAGCCAAAACCGAUCUUCAGCCACCGACCGUGGACCGCCCUGAUUCAGCACCUUCCACCCCAAAACCUACGAAGGCACCAGAACCAGAGCGGCCGAGUCGAACGCAGGCUGUGGAAGAACCAACUUUCCGAGAUGUUGUGGAAUCAUUCUGCAGCGAAGAGUCGUUACUACUCAUACCCUUGAAAGAGGCACAUGAGAGCACGGGUCUACCACUGUGGAGAAUCACCGCUUCCGCGUCAGGUCGUGGGGGCGCCGUUGUUUACUUCAAAGGAGAUCUGCUCUUUGCAAGACAGAAGGGCGACAGGAAUGCCUGGGAGCCGAUCGGUCUCGGCGACAGUCUAAUCCAACGAGCGGAGGGGAAGUAAAUAGUGCAGCAACAUCCGAUAUUCAUCCUUCCUUUUACUGGCAUUAAGAAUGAUCCUCGGGCGUACAGGCGUGCAUAGCGAUGUCAACAUCGCCGGGCCACAAUGGUAAGCUCCUACAGCCUUUUUCCAAAGAGCAGAUAGUUUUACUGGCUCGUGCUAAUGAUAUUGUUUUGGAAUUGGCACAUCUAGGAAGCUUUU